UUUAGAUCUGAAACAUUGUGGGUGGGGCCUACAAUUUUUCCCAAGCUAAGCGACAGCCUAGAAAAUACAUGUCACAUAACCGUGUAAAUUAAAUUGAAAAUCUCCCAAAUCUAAAACUUCACUACGAAAAAUGCAAUAAAACACAGUAGAAACUCUUGAUCUCAGAUCCAGUGUCAUAGCGAGGUCGGGUGUCACCCGGUGCGGCACUUAAUGUACAUAUACCAAAUGGCGUAGUCUUUGUUUACUUUUUUACAAACAUUUGUUUAGUUAAGAAAAUAAUUCAUCUGGACAAAUCUAACCACCUUACAUAUAACUAGCAGAAAAACAUUCAAAUAACAAUGAGCUCAGAAUCAAAUGACCAGAACAAGCUUUCUUCUGUGGCAUCACCUGUUCCGCAAGUAAAGCAUCAUGCUGCAGGCAACCUUACAGGUGAACUGCGCAAGGUGAAAGAUUUGGCUGCAGACUAUCACAACUUAACUAUGAAGUGGAACAAUCUCAACUCUCAGGGCAUGGACAUCAUCACUAAAAUAGCAAAUAUUAAAAUUGACAAAGUUUUUAAUGUUGAAAAAGACCCUGACAGUGAAACACACACCGACCUACCUCUAGAACUAAAUCCACUUUGUGAUGCUUUGUCUGACAUUGUUGAUGCCAUGAGUCGAGUGGAAUCCAAACUUGAACACAAGGCUAAGAUAGCAGAGGGCUUGCUGUCCCUACAGAAAUACCAGAGAUCUGCUUCCUCCAGUCCUGUCCUGUUCUCUACUAUGACCCUAGAGGACGUAGUGAACACUGUGAAGGAAAUCCACCAAUACUUUGGCCAGGAGUUGAAGUUGAAGAGAGAACUAUGCAGGCAGUUGGCCCAUGCUGGUUCCAGGGAUGUCAUGAUGUUCUACAGCACCUGCUGGCUGCAUCAACCUUACCUGCAGGCAGGUUGGGAGGAUCAGCUGCAGGCCCUGCUCUCAGAGACUGGACAUGUCUAGUGAGGUAUCUUAGACCUAAUGGUCA